CACCACAUGGAAAAGCAUACCAUGCACCGACCCGACUGUUCACCAUGCUGUGAGUGUGUGUGUGCGUUUAAGGACCGGACAGCGCACCGUGUGCUUGUGUGCGUAUCCGUGUGGGAGUCAGUGAGCAUGCAGUCAGUUUUUCCGAUUUUCUUCCCUGGAUAAGUCAGCUGGCACAGACCGCAGGUCAGCUCAGGAGGCGCACAGCUUCGGCGAAAAACCACCCCUCCAAAGAUGUGUUAACGCUCCCGUGCUCGUGUGCAGGUGUGUGUUGUGUGUGUGUGUGCGUGGUUGUGUCCGAGAGUGCCAAGUGUGGCUGCUAAACCGAUGCUGUUUGAUACGGUGGCCACAACGGUAGUGCUUCAAAUUGUUAAGCUUUCAUCGCAACUUUCCGGGAGCCAAUCGACAUACCGAGCAUUCCGACCAUCUUCCCACCACCGCCAGCAGCACCAGGCUUUCCAAUAGUGUACAGUUUCGGCUGAAGAAGACGAAGCGAAGGGCGCUACCGCAAACAGACGGCAACCAGAAUGUCCGCCAUCUACGGCACACGGAUGGAAUCGGACUAUCCGCUGGACGACACGCUCGAGUACUUUAUCAAGUUUCCCUCCCCCAACUUCCGGAGCGACACACAAACGGCCGAAAGCGAUUAUGUGUUCGUGUGCAAUGAAACGAACGUCCCCAUCGUGCUGCUGCUCGGGUGGGCUGGAUGCCAGGACAAGUAUCUGAUGAAGUACUCCAAAAUCUACGAAGACCGUGGACUCAUCACCAUCCGGUACACGGCACCGGUGGAGAAUCUAUUCUGGAAGCGGGCCGGCAUGCAUCAGAUCGGCGAGAAGAUAUUGAAACUCAUCUACGACAUGAACUUCGACAGCCAUCCGCUCAUAUUCCACGUGUUUUCCAACGGAGGAGCCUUCCUGUACCAGCACAUUGCGCUCGCAUUGAGAAGGUCCAAGUCGCCGAUUAACAUUUGCGGCAUGAUCUUCGACUCGGCACCGGGCGACAGGCGGAUAGUGGGGCUGUACCGGGCCAUUACGGCGAUCUACGGGAAGGAGCGACGGUGUAAUGCCCUGCUGUCCGCGUUCAUGGCCGUCGCUGCCAUUUUACUGUGGACUUUUGAGGACGCCUUCAAUUAUAUACUCAACUUUAUCAAACCCCGAGGCUACGAAGUACAAACCAAUCCGUCGCACAACUUGAAGUACGAAAGCAAUGCAUGGCCCCAGCUGUUUCUGUACUCGAAGGAGGACCUUUUGAUACCCUAUACUGAUAUAGAAAAAUUUGCCAACUACCGGCGGCGCUGCGGUGUGGACGUGCGCAUGAUUUGCUUCGAGCGUUCCGAGCACGUGAAGCACUACAUCCGCCACCCGCAGCAGUACGUCUACACCGUCUGCAAGUUUAUCAACGAUUGUUUGUCGCACUACUAUGGCAAAUUUCACAACUAAACAAUUACGAAAGAACGAGAGCUUUUGUAGGCGAGGGGCGUAAUGUUGGUUAGCUGUUUUUUUUUUUUAAUUUUUCCUUCCUUUUUUUCUUUAAUGUGAUAAACGCACAAAUUCUUAACUGAAGCGCAAACGCCACCACAUCGAUCUUAACUAUGCGAAACGCACAUUUGCAACACACACACAACAAAAAUACUAACACCCAACACUCCAGACUGGGGGUGGGAAUAGUGAAUUCUAGCGUUUUAGGUUCUUUCUUAUGAACUCACCAAUAUGCAUAGCAAUUGUUUUCAUUGUGAUUCACCUUUUAGAAACUAAAGUAAGCAUAUUUAAAAUGCCUUAAUUCGUGGUGCGCACGGGGAGCGCACGCUCGUUUGUGUGUAUGUGUACGUUAAACUUCUUCUAGUGGUAGCAAACAAAUUACAAACUCCAACACUCGUACAUUUCCGUUCCAGCCAGUUCCAAUUGGUAUCAGCUAAAAAAACAAAUGAACCACGUUUCCCGGGAUU